AUGCUUGGAAGAAAUCCAUCAACUUGUUAUCAAAUAUCUAAUUAUUAUUCAACAAAAGUAAUUCGUAGAAAAAAUCAUAUUCGUGAAACAUGUGCUAUGAUUGCUAAAAUAGCACAAGAUAUUCUUCAUGAUGUAGAAAGACAAGAACCAAGAUUCAUAAGUACAAUAAUUGAAAAUCAACAAGGAAGAUAUGAAGGUAUCAUUGCACAUUCACCAGAUGAAUUUGAAAUACUUUUAUACUUAAAUCAAAUGGGAGUUUUCAGUUUUGUAGAUGAUGGUACAAUACCAGGAUGUGCUGUUUUGAAAUUAUCUGAUGGUAGAAAAAGAUCAAUGUCAUUGUGGGUUGAAUUUAUUACUGCUUCUGGAUACUUAAGUGCAAGAAAGAUAAGAUCAAGAUUUCAAGCAUUGGUGGGACAAGCUAUUGAAAAAAGUCAAUAUUCAGAAUCUUGUGAAUUGAUUAAAGAUACAUCUGAUGUUAAAAUAAAAAUACAAGAUAAAUAUAUUUUACAAAUAACUUGUGCAUUUAGAUGUAAUAGUAUUUGGCCUCGAAGUGCAACUCAUUGGCCUAAUAUUAAUUUAAUUUGGCCUUCCCCUCAAAUUGCAAAUGAAGUCAAAAGUGAAGGUUUUGAUUUAUUAUCAAAAGAAACAAUUGUUCAUGGUGGACCAGGUAUAAUGUUAAAUAAUAUAUCUCAAAAUGAACCACCAUUACCAAUACCUGGUAGUAAAGGAGGUAACACUGUACUUUCAGCAACUACAACAUCUCAAAAUAAUUCUACUAUGGAAGGUGAUGCAUGGGCUAUGAAUUUAACUCAUGCAGAAAGUAUAUUAAUAUCUCAUCCAACUAGAAAAAAAACUUUAUCAAUAUUAAAAUCUUUAAGAGAUGAUCAUUUACAAUUUCCUAAUAGUCCAAUAACAAAUUAUAUAAUUAAAACAUUAAUAUUAUUUGAAUGUGAAAAACAUCCACAUGAUUAUGAAUGGAAAGAACAUUGUAUUGGUGAUAGAAUAUUAGGAGUACUUUUACAGUUAGUAAGUUGUUUACAAUGUAGAAAAUGUCCCCAUUAUUUUAUACCACAAUUGGAUUUAUUAAAAGGAAAACCAUACCAAUUGUUAGAUGAAAGUGCUAAAGUAACAUGGAAAUUAGCAAGAACUUUAAUGCUUGAUGCUAGAGCUUUAGAAUCACUUUGA